GAGAGACACCGAGAAUGUUUCUAGAGGGUGCGUGCGCACAGCUAGAAAGAGCUCACCAAGAGAAGUUUGCAGGAAGUAGCUAGCCAGAGCUUGGGGACUGAGUUAGGAUGAAAGUCCUGGACAGAUCUAUCACCGAGAGAGAAGAAACGCCAUUGCUAUGCAGCCACAGAGUGUGCAGGGGCUCAGCAAAAUCAGUGAGGAGCCUUCAACGUCUAGUGACGAGAGGGCCUCACUGAUCAAGAAGGAGAUCCAUGGAUCCCUACCACACUUGGCGGAGCCCUCGGUACCUUACCGUGGGACGGUGUUUGCCAUGGACCCCAGGAAUGGUUAUAUGGAGCCCCACUAUCACCCUCCUCAUCUUUUUCCUGCCUUCCACCCUCCUGUGCCAAUUGAUGCGAGACAUCAUGAGGGCCGUUACCAUUAUGAUCCGUCUCCUAUUCCUCCAUUGCAUGUGCCUUCUGCCUUAUCUAGUAGCCCAACGUAUUCAGACCUGCCAUUCAUUAGGAUCUCCCCACAUCGGAACCCUGCUGCAGCUUCUGAGUCUCCCUUCAGCCCUCCGCACCCCUAUAUUAAUCCUUACAUGGACUACAUCCGAUCCCUGCACAGCAGCCCAUCCCUCUCCAUGAUCUCAGCAGCCCGGGGACUGAGCCCUACAGAUGCCCCACAUGCUGGAGUCAGCCCUGCGGAGUACUAUCACCAGAUGGCCCUGCUGGCCGGCCAGCGCAGCCCCUAUGCUGACAUCCUCCCCUCUGCUGCCACUGCUGGUGCAGGGGCCAUCCACAUGGAAUAUCUUCAUGCCAUGGAUAGCACCAGAUUCCCCAGCCCCAGGCUGUCAGCCAGGCCGAGCCGAAAACGCACCCUGUCCAUAUCACCACUGUCCGAUCAUAGCUUUGACCUUCAGACCAUGAUAAGGACAUCUCCCAACUCCCUGGUCACAAUUCUCAAUAAUUCCCGUAGCAGCUCUUCAGCCAGUGGCUCCUAUGGUCACUUAUCUGCAAGUGCAAUCAGUCCCGCCUUGAGCUUCACCUACCCGUCUGCACCCGUCUCUCUCCAUAUGCAUCAACAGAUCUUAAGUCGACAGCAAAGCUUAGGCUCUGCCUUUGGACACAGCCCUCCACUCAUUCACCCCGCCCCAACUUUUCCAACACAGAGGCCUAUUCCAGGGAUCCCUACAGUUCUUAACCCAGUCCAGGUCAGCUCCGGCCCUUCUGAGUCCUCACAGAACAAGCCCACAAGUGAGUCUGCAGUGAGCAGCACCGGCGACCCGAUGCACAAUAAACGGUCCAAGAUUAAACCUGACGAAGACCUCCCCAGCCCAGGGGCGCGGGGGCAGCAGGAACAGCCAGAAGGAACAACGCUAGUGAAGGAGGAAGGGGACAAAGAUGAGAGCAAACAGGAGCCUGAAGUCAUCUAUGAGACCAACUGCCACUGGGAAGGCUGCACAAGGGAGUUUGACACCCAGGAUCAACUUGUGCACCAUAUCAAUAAUGAUCAUAUUCAUGGAGAGAAAAAGGAGUUUGUGUGCCGGUGGCUUGACUGCUCAAGGGAACAGAAACCCUUCAAAGCCCAGUACAUGUUGGUAGUGCAUAUGAGGAGACACACGGGCGAGAAGCCUCACAAAUGCACUUUUGAAGGUUGCACAAAGGCCUACUCGAGACUAGAAAACUUGAAAACGCACUUGAGAUCUCACACUGGAGAGAAACCAUACGUCUGUGAGCAUGAAGGCUGCAACAAGGCCUUCUCAAAUGCCUCUGAUCGCGCCAAGCACCAAAACAGAACACAUUCCAAUGAGAAACCUUAUGUGUGCAAAAUCCCAGGCUGCACUAAACGUUACACAGACCCAAGCUCCCUUMGGAAACACGUGAAGACUGUGCAUGGCCCUGAGGCUCAUGUCACCAAGAAGCAGCGUGGGGACAUGCAUCCUCGGCCCCCGCCUCCGAGAGAUUCUGGCAGUCAUUCACAGUCCAGGUCACCUGGCCGGCCGACUCAGGGAGCCCUUGGGGAGCAGAAGGACCUCAGCAACACUACCUCAAAGCGGGAGGAGUGCCUCCAGGUGAAGACGGUCAAGGCCGAGAAACCCAUGACAUCUCAGCCAAGCCCUGGUGGUCAGUCUUCAUGCAGCAGCCAACAGUCCCCCAUCAGCAACUAUUCCAACAGUGGGCUCGAGCUUCCUCUGACCGAUGGAGGUAGUGUAGCAGACCUCAGUGCCAUCGAUGAAACCCCAGUCAUGGACUCGACCAUUUCCACUGCAACCACAGCCCUUGCUUUGCAAGCCAGGAGGAACCCUGCAGGGACCAAAUGGAUGGAGCACGUAAAACUAGAAAGGCUAAAACAAGUGAAUGGAAUGCUUCCUCGACUGAAYCCCAUUCUACCCCCCAAAGCCCCUGCGGUCUCUCCUCUCAUAGGAAAUGGCACACAGUCCAGUAACAACUGCAGUUCGGGCGGGCCCAUGACUCUUCUUCCGAACAGAAGUGAGCUCUCCGGGGUGGACCUCACYAUGCUGAACAUGCUCAACAGGAGGGACAGCAGCACCAGCACCAUCAGUUCUGCCUACCUGAGCAGCCGCCGCUCCUCGGGCAUCUCGCCCUGCUUCUCCAGCCGCAGGUCCAGCGAGGCAUCGCAGGCCGAGGGACGGCCCCAGAACGUGAGCGUGGCGGACUCCUACGACCCCAUCUCCACGGACGCCUCACGCAGGUCCAGCGAGGCCAGCCAGGGCGACGGGCUGCCCAGCCUGCUCAGCCUCACUCCUGCCCAGCAGUACCGCCUAAAGGCCAAGUACGCUGCUGCCACGGGAGGGCCACCACCCACGCCCCUGCCGCACAUGGAGAGGCUGAGCCUGAAGACCAGGAUGGCCCUACUCGGGGACAGUAGGGAGACGGGCGUGACGCUGCCUCCUGUCCACCCUCCGCGGAGAUGCAGCGACGGGGGUGCCCACAGCUACGGCCGUCGCCAUCUGCUGCCUCAUGAUGCACUGGGCAAUGGCGUGAGGAGAGCCAGCGACCCUGUGCGGACCGUGUCGGAGAACCUUACCCUACCCAGGGUUCAGCGUUUCAGCAGCCUCAACAGCUUCAAUCCUCCGGGUUUGCCUCCAUCUGUGGAAAAGCGAAACUUAGUGCUUCAGAAUUACACCCGGCCUGAAGGCAGCCAGCCCCGUCACUUCCAUACGUCCCCCUGUCCUCCCAGCAUCACCGAGAACGUUACCCUGGAGUCUCUGACCAUGGACGCCGAUGCCAACUUGAACGACGAGGACUUCUUACCGGAUGACGUGGUGCAGUAUUUAAAUUCCCAGAACCAAGCAGGGUAUGGGCAGCACUUGCAGAGCGCCAUCUCAGACGACAGCAAGGUAUCCCAUGGGCCCAGCGACUUUGACCCACCUGGGCUACCAGACAGCCACAUUGGCCAGCAGUACCAUUCCCUGGAGCAGCCUUGCACGGAAGGCAGCAAAACCGACUUACCUAUUCAGUGGAAUGAAGUCAGCUCUGGAAGUGCAGACCUGUCCUCCUCCAAGCUAAAAUGUGGCCAGCAGUCCAGGGUGCAGCAAGCCCGAGCUUUUGGGUUAUAUAACAACAUGGUGGUCCACCCUCAGAAUCCAUGGAGGGGUGAGAACAGCCCUGCAGGGGGAUAUCAGACCCUGGGGGAGAAUGGCAGCUCCUACAGUGGCCCAGAGCACUUGGUGAUACACAGUGGCAGGGGCACUGGCAUGAAUGGAAAUACCUUCCAUGAACAGUCCUAUAAAGCCCAGCAGUAUGGGAGCUGUCUCAACAGGCAGCCAGUGGCCCCUAGUGCUCUAGACAGUACCUGCAGUGCUGGGAUACAAGGUUCGAAGCUGAAAAGCACCACCAUGCAAGGGAAUGGGGGUCCGCUGGAUUUUGGCCUGUCUGCGGCACCAAAUGAGUCAGCUGGCAGCGCAGUGAAUGGCAUGCAGACCCAAGACCCAAUAGGACAAGGGUAUCUCCCUCACCAGCUACUCRGCGACAGCAUGCAGCAUCAGGGGGCAGGCCGCCCCAGUCAGCAGAUGCUAGGACAGGUUAGUGCUACCUCACACAUCAAYGUCUAUCAAGGGCCAGAGAGCUGCCUACCUGGGACUCACAGCAUCAGCAGCCAACCAUCAAGCUUGGUAGUUGUCAGGGGCUACCAGCCGUGUGCCAGCUAUGGGGGCAGCAGGCGCCAGGCUAUGCCGAGGGGCGGCCUCACUCUGCAGCAAGGACAGCUCAGUGACACAAAUCAAGCCUGCAGGGUGAAUGGCAUCAAGAUGGAGAUGCAAGGACAGCCCCAGCAGCUCUGUUCUAAUAUGCAGAAUUACUCUGGUCAGUUCUAUGACCAAACCAUGGGCUUCAGUCAGCAAGACACGAAAGGCGGUUCAUUUUCCAUUUCAGAUGCCAACUGCCUGCUACAGGGAGCCGGCGCCGAAAACUCUGAAUUACUUUCCCCAGGUGCUAACCAGGUGACAAGCACAGUUGACAGCCUCGACAGCCAUGACCUAGAAGGGGUGCAGAUUGAUUUUGAUGCCAUCAUAGAUGACGGGGACCACUCCAGCCUGAUGUCAGGGGCCCUGAGCCCAAGUAUCAUUCAGAAUCUUUCCCAUAGUUCCUCCCGCCUCACCACACCAAGAGCGUCCCUCCCAUUCCCAGCCCUAUCUGUGAGCACCACCAACAUGGCUAUCGGGGACAUGAGUUCUUUGCUGACCUCCCUCGCGGAAGAAAGCAAAUUCCUUGCAGUUAUGCAAUAGGCGUUAGGCAAGAAAGACCGCAAACAGACGUAAAACUUUAGGAGUUGAAAGAUUAAAUUGACUCCGUUUUUGGCUGGUUUGUUUUUUUUAGUUCUGUAUGUAUUUUAGCAAUCUCAUCUCAUCAAACUGGGAUGUGUUUCAAGUAUAUUCCUUUUAUGGAAAAGGACUCUGAAAAACCCUAAGGUAUUCUAGGGAGAAACUGUCUUCCAUUUCAGUUUUGAAUCAGUAUUGUUACACUCAAACCACCCUCUUCUU